AUGACCGACCUGGACGAUGAGUUUGCCCGCUUUGAAGCCGAGAUCCAGUCGCUCGAGCAGCAGACAACGAGCGAACACACACGUGAACUGGUCGAAGAGACGGAACAGAAUGCUCAGGAGAUUUCUGGUGCGAAAGGAACGACGCAAGCGGACGCAAUGGCUACUCCAGGGGCAAAAAAGCACAAGGUCAUGGCUACAUCCACGAUCUACAUGGCUCCACCUCGUCCGGUACCUGUGAAAAAGACGCAGAACGUCGAAGAGAUUGCUGAAGACAGUACAGAAGUACUGGAUGGACGUCCGAGGAUGCUCAACACACUAGAAGAUGUGGCAGCCCAUCGAGGAGCACUGAGUGGCUUCCCAGCUGGCACAACGGGUGAACAUGCUGCGGUUGUAGCCUCGAAAAGCUCCAGUACCGGGUCUAUGACCGAGUACAGAUCGCUGCAGCCUCGUGUGGACAUGGACACGGGCAAUGUGCUGUCCAUAGAAGAGCAAGAGAUGAUGAAUCGACAGCAGAGUGUGUACGAGUACGAUCCGAAGAGAACUGCAGCAAGUAUUGCUGCUGUGCAACCAAAGAAGGAGGGAGAAGCACGUGGGCCACCGACUGGAGUGAAGACGCAGAAACGUCAUGUGCGUCUUGCUGGUGGUAAGGUGUGGGAAGACCAGACGCUUGAGGACUGGCCGGACAAUGACUUUCGUCUCUUUUGUGGCGAUCUCGGGAACGAAGUAAGUGACGAGCUCCUUGCCCACAGUUUUUCAAAGUACGCCUCGUUUCAACGGGCACGUGUAGUGCGAGAUAAGUUGACGCACAAGUCGCGCGGGUAUGGCUUUGUGAGUUUCGCAGACCCGUUCGACUGUGCCAAGGCUUUGCGUGAAAUGAACGGCAAAUAUAUCGGCAACCGGCCUGUCAAGUUGAGCAAGAGCAAGUGGCAAGAGCGCAAUAUUGACGUUGCCAAGAAGAAAAUGCGCAAGCGCAAGCGUGACAAGCACCACCUCUUCAACUGA